CCCGCCCCCCCCGCCCCCCCGCGCCGUCCGAUGGCGGCGGCCGCGCUGAGGGACCCGGCGCAGGACUCCCGCAGCUGUUGCAAGUUAUGCACAGGAGCCACGUGGUUUCCAUCCUUUCAACGUUUUUCGUAAGCUGCGCAGAGUUAGGAGAGCCUGGAGGGCUGGGGUAACAGUGAAGCACGGGCAGGUUGAGUUCUGUGCAAGUUUACUAGAAGGUUUCCAUGAUUACAGAAGCACUUAUGGACCUCACACGGGGCUAUGUGACCUUUGAGGACGUGGCCAUUUACUUCUCCCAGGAAGAGUGGGGGCUCCUUGAUGAGGCUCAAAGACUCCUGUACCUCCGUGUGAUGCUGGAGAACUUUGCACUUACAACCUCGCUGGUGUGUUGGCAUGGAAUAGAGGAUGAAGAGACACUUCCUGAGCAGAGUGUUUCUGCAAAAGGAAUAUCACAGGUCAGAACUCUAAAAUCAGAUAUUUCCAUCCAGAAGAUUCACCCCUAUGAGAUGAGUGCCCCAGUACUGAAAGACAUUUUACAUCUAUCUGAUCUACUUGAGCAGAAAUCUUGCUGGGUUGGGUCAUGUACAAACCUUCACCAGGACCAGAAGGAUUAUAAUGCUGAGAAACGGUCAAAAAGUGAUGUGGACAGGACCUUAUUUAUGAAAAGUUGCAGAUUCCAUGUAUCAGAGAAGCCCUUUGCCUGUGGAGAGGUAACAAAGGACUUCCCAGCCACGUUGGGCCUUCUCCAGCCCCAGACUAUUCCCAUCUGUGAAAAGCCAGACAGAAUCACUAAGUAUGGGGAGACCUUUCACAUCGGAAUAAGUCCUUUCAAGUGGAAUGAGUGCAGAAAAGUUACCAGCCACAAACAUAUUUUUGCUCACUACCCAAGAGUCUGUACUGGAAAAAGGAUUUAUGAAUCUAGCAAAUACGGAAAAUCCUUUCACUAUAAGUACUCACUUGUUCAGCUCCAGAGAGUUCAUAGUGGAGAAAGGCCUUAUGAGUGCAGUGAAUGUGGAAAGUCUUUUAGCCAAACCUCUCACCUGAAUGACCAUCAAAGAAUUCACACUGGAGAAAGGCCUUAUGAGUGUGGUCAGUGUGGGAAAUCAUUUAGGCAAAGAGCUACCCUCAUUAAACAUCAUAGAGUUCACACUGGAGAAAGACCUUAUGAGUGUGGUGAAUGUGGAAAAUCCUUUAGCCAAAGUUCCAACCUUAUUGAACACUGUAGAAUUCACACUGGAGAAAGGCCAUAUGAAUGUGAUGAAUGUGGGAAAUCCUUUGGGUCCAAAUCCACUCUAGUUCGGCACCAGAGAACUCACACAGGAGAAAAACCCUAUGAAUGUGGUGAAUGUGGGAAAUUCUUUACACAAAGCCACAGCCUGCUUGAACACCGCAUAAUUCACACUGGAGCAAGGCCUUAUGAGUGUGGCCAGUGUGGAAAAUCCUUUAGCCUAAAGUAUGGCCUCAUUCAACACCAGUUAAUUCAUAGUGGAGCUAGGCCUUUUGAGUGUGACCAGUGUGGAAAAUCCUUUAGCCAAAGAGCCACGCUCAAUAAACACCACAAAGUUCACACUGCAGAAAGGCCUUUUGAAUGUGGGGAAUGUGGAAAAGCUUUCAUGUUCAAAUCUAAACUUGUCAGACACCAGAGAACUCAUACUGGCGAAAGACCUUUUGAGUGCAGUGAAUGUGGAAAAUUCUUUAGACAAAGCUAUACCCUUGUUGAACACCAGAAGAUUCAUACUGGAUUAAGACCUUAUGAAUGUGGUCAGUGCGGGAAAUCUUUUCUUCAAAAGUCUGGCCUUAUUCAACACCAGGUAGUUCACACUGGAGAAAGGCCUUAUGAAUGUGGCAAAUGUGGGAAGUCCUUUACACAACACUCUGGCCUCAUUCUCCACAGAAAAUCUCACACUAUGGAGCGGCUUCAUGAAAGCAACAAAAAACCCUUAAGCCCACAUUCUACCAUUCUUUAGCCCCUAAACUCCACACUUGAUAAAGAUCUUGGAUCUGCAGAAAAUUUGCUCUUUUUUCCAAUGUUAUGGCACUGGACAACCUUUUUGAGGGAACCACCUACCUGAAGUUGAGCCUCAUACUUUGAAACAUCCAGACUGGUAUAAUCCUCCAUGAGUUCCAGGCAUGUGUGAGGCUCACAAGAAUUGCUGCAUACAUUAUAAACUUCUGGGUUUAUUUGCUAAGGUUAUAUCACUACUAACUUUUCUAAUAGAAGCCAUUUCCCUUAGACCACCUGGCAGAAUGGGCAUCAGCCACCCUAACAUGCUAAGGGAAGGCAGAAAGUCUGUGCCUGUUACCUGGAGGAAAUCUUGAGCAGUCUGAGCCAUUAGGGGGAAUUUAUUCCCUUUUCUGACUGUCAGAGCGUACUUCUGAUACAAUUUUAGCCAAGAGGAUCUGGUCUGCAUUCUUCUGAAAGCCUCAUCAUGGAAAUUGUCUCAGGACAUUUGUGGUAAAUUUUUCCUUCCUCCAAAUAAAUGGUAACUGCCUGCCUCACAUUGCUGUGGCUUGUGCACUAAUAAAGGCCUUGUGGUUAAGUCCACCAUAAUAUUGGGGUUUUGUAUGCUGUGUGGGGUGGCUGGAAAACAGACUUGAACUCUGUCUGUAUGAAGAAAUGGAUUACCUUUUUUUGUGGCAGGAGGGGGAGUGGGUGAAAACUUGUGCCUCUCCAAGAACAGUAAAAUGACAAGAAUAGUUCUCAUUGUGGUUUUGGUCCAAUUUUCAUUGCUAUUCAAGACAGGAAACAAUGCAGGACUCUGUGCUCCUAACUCUUUUUUUUUUUUGGAGAGGUUUUCGCUAUAAGACACG